AUGGCUUCAGCUUCUUCUUCCUCUGCGAUUUCUUCGAUCUCGCAUCAUUUCCGUUCACAGGAACCGAUCAUCUUUCCAUCGAAAGCUUACUCUUCUGUUUCGACGGCUUUAAAUGGAAGGAGAGCUUUUGGAUCUAUCAAAGCAGCGCAAAAGACAAGCUUGGGGAACCCUAGACGACGCACUCAGAACGUCGAUGGCGAUAUAUUCGUUGACAAUACUUGUAUUGAUUGUGAUACUUGUCGUUGGAUGGUUCCGGAAGUAUUCACUCGAGUUGAUAACAUGUCUGCGGUUAUUAAACAACCAACAUGUAAAGAGGAAAGGCUGAAUGCUCUUCAGGCCUUAUUAUCUUGUCCGACGGGCUCUAUUCGCACUGAAACUCCUCCUACUGACAUAGGGGACGCUCAAGAGACCUUUCCACUUGCAUUGGACAACGACACACUUCCUGGCGUUUUUCAUUGUGGGUUUCAUUCCAAGAAAUCCUACGGAGCAACUCCCUACUUGAUUCUUCAUCGCGAGGGAAAUAUACUUGUUGAUAGUCCCAGGUACACCGAGAAACUUGCUAAGAAGAUUGAGAUGAUGGGUGGUGUUCGCUACAUGUUUUUGACACACAGGGAUGAUGUUGCGGAUCACAAGAAAUGGGCAGAUCGAUUCAAGUGUACCAGAAUCCUGCAUUCUGAAGAUGUUGAACCUUCGACCAUUGAUGUGGAGUUAAAGCUGGAAGGAAGUGGACCAUGGAGCCUCUAUGAAGAUAUUGUGCUCAUACACACUCCUGGUCAUACCAAAGGAUCAGUGUGCUUGUUCCAUAAGCCACUCAAGGCAUUAUUCACUGGAGACCAUUUAACAAUGUAUGAAUCUGGAAUGAGCAUUAUAGAGCUGUACAAUCAUUGUUCAGUGCCUCUCCAGCUCGAGAGCGUAGAAAAACUGAUCAACCUAGAUUUCAAUUGGAUAAUACCAGGACAUGGAAGAAGAGUACAUUUCAAAGAUGGAGAAGAGAAGGCUAAGAGUCUGGAAGCACUUGUUCAGAAGCACAGAGAGAAAGAACUUGAUUCUAAAACGGAGAACCAAACUAAAACCUGUCACGUAACACAAUCGCGAUUUUCCACGUGA